AUGACAACAACUGGAGAAAAUGUUCAAUUAAAAAAUUGUUCAUUAGAUUUGGAUUGUAUUCAUGGAAUAUGUAAUAAUAAAAAUAUUAAUGAAACAUAUUGUAUAUGUGAACGUGGUUGGACAAUAUCAAAUAAAGCAGAAUUCUAUGGUUGUACUUAUGAACAAAAAUCUAAAUUAGCUGCAUUUCUUCUUUCAUUUUUUCUUGGUGGUUUUGGCGCUGAUUGGUUUUAUUUAAGUGUUGGAAAUGGUGGUUAUAUUGCAGGUGGAAUUUUUAAAAUGUUAACUUUAGGUGGAAUGGGAAUUUGGUGGCUUGUUGAUUGGAUUAGAAUUUUAACUAAUUCAUUUCUUGAUGGACAAGGUGUGGCAUUACUCGAAUGGAUUCCAUGA